AUGAACGUCGCCGCGUCUCAUCGCUGGCUGCAUGAGGAGAUUGUAGAGGGCGCUACCGAGGAGACAAGUGGCUUCAAACGGGCGUCUCUACUCCAGUUGAUACUGACAGGCACGCUCUUUGGCCUCGUCCACGUCCUGACGGGUCCCGACCAUCUCAGCGCCUUAGCGACGCUCUCUGCAGGGACCUCGUGGCGCUCCUUUUCGCUCGGAAUCAGAUGGGGCUGCGGUCAUAGUAUCGGCCUCAUCGUCAUGGCCAUUGUCUUUAUUGCACUGGACGGGAAACUCGACUUUUCCGUGCUUAAUGUCGUGACAGACGUUAUCGUGGGUGUCUUUAUGAUUGGAUUGGGACUCUAUGGAGUGCAUGAAGGGGUGAAGAAGUUGAGACAGAGACGAGGGAUAUCCAGGAGGUAUCAGGAUAUCUCGGAGCAGAGAAAGAUGGAGAAUUGUGUGCAAGAGGGGAUGGACGAAGAAGUAGCUCGAGAAGGUUCGGAGAUGGAGACGGAGGGUGGAAGUCCUGGUCGUACAUUGCUAGACGAAGAAGGGGCGGAAUUAAUUGACGGGAAGGUGGUGUCGAACGGACUUGAUGAGGAGGCAUCACUGCAAUGGAAAAGGUUGGAGACUUUGAGGAUUCGAGAGCUGGGUGGCAUCCCCGCUGGCGUGGAGUCAUCUGUUGCUGAUGCGGAAGCAGAACCGCCACGACGACUCUCAGACAGUGAAGAGACCAUAUCCACUGCUACUAGUCCAUGCGAGAGCAUGGUAGCGCUAGAAGAGCUCCUGCCGGAUCGCAGCGAAUCGACUGGUGAAGCAGGAUGUCGGAUUGACGACGCUGAGUUUGCUACUGAUCCCAUGUGUGACGGCGUCAGGUUUCCGACGAUCGACUUUCGGAACGCACGCACGCAGAAGUUCACUGCGUUGCUCGUAGGAAUCGUGCAUGGAAUCGCGGGACCAGGUGGGAUCCUCGGUGUUUUGCCUGCAGUAGGGCUCCACGAUACGGUCAAGUCGUUCAUCUAUCUCGGUUCCUUCUGCUUGACAUCCAUUGUCACAAUGGGGGUCUUUGCUGCUGGGUACGGUGAAGCUACAGGUCGACUAGGCGACCGCUCCGAGAUCCUGGCAUUCCGCAUAUCGAUCUUCUCGUCUUUACUUUCCGUGAUCGUGGGUAUACUCUGGUUAGUGCUUACUGCCAUGGGCGAGCUCCAGGAAGUCUUUGGCUGA